GCAAUGGUUUGCUGUGUAAUAAUGGUAUGGUGACGGCAAGCACACUAAUCAUUGUCAUUUGGUUUUGUAGCAAGUGUGGUGAACGAGUGAAUUUUGGGGGAAAAACCCUUUAAAUCGGUCCCCCAAGCCGAUCAACCAAUCGAUGAUGGUGAUGACGAUGAUGAUGUUGUUUUCAAGGUUGCAAAAGGGUUACAAAUUGUCUUGAUUUGACUCACUGCAGCAGUUGUGACAGUGGCGAUGGCAAAGAAGAAAAUGAGUGAUGAUCGGUCCGUCAUCAGCGGAAGAUCCGGUUGCUCGCCUUCUUUAGCCAACUCCAUCCAGUUGCAGCUGGUUUGGUGCUGCACUCUGUUUACCACAACCAAUAAUCAACAAUGGCCCGAUUCGUUAUCUCACCCACGGCACAUGAGGGUAGCUAACGGUCGAGUUUGCAUUUAACAAUCAAUUGCCAUUUGAUGCUGAUACUCUUCUCCCAUUUUAAUGUCUAACCGAACGAUCAAACGAACGAACGAACAAACGGUUAUAUGGGCUGCGAUCGAACGAACGAACGAACGAACGAACGAAGUGUGAUCAUUAGUUUAGUCUCGGUUCCUCCAAAACACCUGAUGUGUAUUAACGAUACUGUAGCCUGUAUUCGAGAACUAAGGCUCCAAAAGGUUCACUGCAGUUGUGUCGCGGUCGCUGGUUAGUUGGUCUGCUGUUCCGCUUUUAAGCUCCCGGUCGCGCUCCUCUCUUCUCCACGCCUCGCGAAACCUCAAAACGCAAACGCCUCGCCGAAAUGUGUGUGCAUUAAUGUGUGCUCUCGCAGCUCGCUUGUGGCCUGUGUGUGCCUGCUGGCGCCCUGGCAAUGAACAGCCAAUGAACAAUAUACGUAAAUUCUAUAUGACUGACAUUGAACUCAUCACGCAAGUAGCGCCGCGGCAAAACCGGAUAGAGGAGUAGAAUUGCGCCCCGAGAUCGAUCGCACUCGAGAAGCAGCAAGCAAGAGAAGGGAAAGAUAAUCCGGCAAAAUGUAGCAUUAACCAAGCUUAUCUUAAAAGCUCAAGGCAGCGGCGGUGGCGGCGGCGGCGGCCGAGGCGACCUCGUAUACUCGAAUAGGGAGCGAGCUGGCUGGAUCCUCGGGGGGCAGAACGAAGGAAGAGUGCGCAACGAUAAGAAUAAGUGCAAACGAAGCGAAACGAAGUACGGAAAUGGAAAUGAGUAUUGAUUAGUGUAAAGAACUCUUAUAAAUAUAUAGGCAGAUAGGCAAGGCGAACGGACGGAAGAACAAGGAAAGAAGCUGUGCUCUAAAGUGCUCUGGCGUUCUCCUCUUUUUUUAUAUAAGUGUUUAAUUGAAUUCCUCAUAAGUUUAGCAUAGAAAAGGCGCAAAGCAUAGAAACCGGUGGCGGCCGAUGGAGGGAGAUAAAUUAAAAGCAAAUCAAGCGUAACCGUGCGCGCGAAAAGCUGAUUAAAAAAUUAAACGAAUAAUACCCAUUUAAGCAAUGAAUUACAAUUGUGGUGGUAAAAUGAGUAUACGAUUUUAAAAAACAAAACCUACAAAUGAAACAGUUAAAAAGAAACGAAAAAAAAAUCAAAAUGAAACAAAAAAAAAACAGGAAAGCAAAAAUGGAAGAGGAUCUUUAACAAAAGCGAAAGGAAAAAGAAAUGAGAGAAGAAAAAAAAACAAAAC